CUUUUCAGUUCCAGGUCCGUCGAGAAACUAUUCAAGCCGGGAAAAAGUAAACUAAACGUGGGAAACUGGUUAAUGAUUUGUUUUAGAAAUUUGGUAUUAUCUGCACAAAUACGUUUAUCACAUUAACAAGAACGUUGACAUAUCGCAAGCGUCUGUCAAGUGUCAACGUCUAUGGAUCUGGGCAAAGCCAAGCUGUUACGGACGGGACUGAACACUCUCCACCAGGCUAUCCACCCAGUCCACGGGUUAGCGUGGACGGACGGGAAGCAAGUCUGCCUCACCUCUCUCUGCUGCGUCAAUGGGGAAGUCAAAUUCGGCGACACCAACGUCAUCGGGCAGUUUGAGCACGUGCUGGGGCUCUUCUGGGGCCCGCUGUGCUGCUCGGGCUCCGCGGCCCUGCUGGCCGUCCAGCACAAGAAGCAUGUGACCGUGUGGCAGUUGCAGCUGAGCUCCUUGGAGCAGAACAAGCUGCUGUGCACCCAGACCUGCGAGAUGAGCGAGCCCUUCCCCCUGCUCUCCCAGGGCUGCGUGUGGCACCCUAAGAUGGACAUUCUGGCGGUGCUGACCAAGAAGGACGCCUCGGUGCUCUUCUCCGUCCGGGUGGACAACCGCCGGGUGAAGGCGGAGAUCCGAGCCAGCGGACUGAUCCACUGUGCCUGCUGGACCCAGGACGGCAUGCGCCUGGUGAUCGCUAUAGGCAGCGCCCUGCACUCCUACAUCUGGAACGACAUCCAGAAGAGUCUGGUGCCGUGCUCCUUCUGCCCCGUCUUCGACGUGGCCGGCUACAUCUGCGCCAUCGAGUCCACGGGGGGUGCCCAGGUGGCCGUGGCGACAGAGCUGCCCCUGGACAGGAUCUGUGGGCUGAACGCGGGGAUGGCGUUCGAUCUGCCCGCAGAUGGCGAGAACCUGUCAGGGGAGUGCUCUCCCGUGGUCCUGCUGGAUGAGGACGGCUGUCUGGACCGGAGGAGGUCCUUUAACUUUGACAGGUCCUGCAUCUCCUCAAACUCAGGCCCCAUGGACCUCACCCACAUCCUGGCCAGACACCGGCGCUCUGACCCCAGCCCCCUCAUCCACCUUCGCCGCAAGGACCACCUGACAGGCUCCGGGCAGGACUCCUCACACCUGAUCCUGGUCACCUACGAACGGAAGGUCACCACCACCCGUAAGGUCAGCAUUCCUGGCAUCCUUGUCCCGGACAUCGUGGCCUUUGACCCCAGGGGCGGUACGGUGGCAGUGGCGUCUAACACGUGUAACAUGGUACUGGUCUACUGCAUCAUGCCCUCGGCCAUGCCCAACGUCCAGCAAAUCUCCCUGCAGAAGAACGAGAGGCCCAAGGGAGUGUGCUUCCUCACUGACAAGAUGCUACUGAUGAUGGUGGGAAAGCAGAAGUCCAACGACCCCGCCUUCCUCCCCUCCUCCAACACUGACAAGUACCUCCUGAGAAUCACCUACAAGGAGCUUGUGUACGACGGAGAAGCCCCCAAAGCCUGCUCCCCGAGCCCAGGAUACCCCGAUUCCCCCGUCAGCCUCCACCACGGGAUUAGGAGACACUCUGAGUCCUCCAGCAAGGAGGAGCGAGAGCGUGUAGGGGGGAUAAAGGAGCUGGUGCUGCCUAGCGGGGCUGUAAUCUCAUCUGCGUCACCUGGGAGCAGGCGCAGGCUGGUGGAGGAGGUCAGGAGCCCUGAGCCCAGCCCCUUCGCCAGCUCCACGGACUUCUCCGACCGAGCCCCCUCCAGUGCCUCCUCAGUCACGGUGGAGAACUUCGACAUGGAUCACGUCCACCGCAUGUCCUCGCUGGCCGUGACCGGCCAGGCCAGCCGCGAGUCCAGCCGACCCAGCUCCCCGCGCUUCGACCCAGCGGACAAGUUCCACAGCGACCCCACCCUGCCCAAGACCACCUGCCUCUCUAAGGAGCGACCGGUGGACCAGCUCAGCCAGAACAUGGAGAGGAUCUUUACACGGUUCGCCGACAUGCAGCAGUGCCUGGCAGAGAUCAGAGACUUCACCCAGAACGGGAAGAAGGCCCAGGGGGGCUACCCCAAUGCCUGCGAGCCCCCCUAUGUCAACGUCACAUGCCAGAAGCAGCUGUCUGAGAACGUGUUUAUAGACGAGAGGAGGCCGGUCCUGCUGUGUGAGGGGAAGCUGUCCCUGCGAGUCCUGCAGGAACUCUUCAACACCUCCAUAGUGGAGAUGAUGUAUGGUCCGCUCUGGGUGGUGUUGGUGGCUGACGGGGAAGGCUUCGUGCCGCUGGCGUUCAAGCCCAAGGAAGAGCUCACGGUGCGGAACGGGAAGAGGAAAUCUCCCCUGAGGUCUCCUGGAAGUCCCGAGGGGUCUUGUCCGUCCAGUCCCGUCCAGGGCAGCACCAAUAACCACAACUCAGCCUCGAUAUAGACACCCCAGCCUCGAUAUAGACACCCCAGCCUCGAUAUAGACACCCCAGCCUCGAUAUAGACACCCCAGCCUCGAUAUAGACACCUCAGCCUCGACAGACACCCCAGCCUCGACACAGACACCCCAGCCUCGACACAAGACACCUCAGCCUCGACACAGACACCCCAGCCUCGACACAGACACCUCAGCCUCGAUAUAGACACCCCAGCCUCAAUACAGACACCCCAGCCUCAAUACAGACACCCCAGCCUCGACACAGACACCCCAGCCUCGACACAGACACCCCAGCCUCGACACAGACACCCCAGCCUCAACACAGACACCUCAGCCUCGAUAUAGACACCCCAGCCUCAAUACAGACACCCCAGCCUCAAUACAGACACCCCAGCCUCGACACAGACACCCCAGCCUCGACACAGACACCCCAGCCUCGACACAGACACCCCAGCCUCGAUAUAGACACCUCAGCCUCCAUAUAGACACCUCAGCCUCCAUAUAGACACCCCAGCCUCCAUAUAGACACCUCAGCCUCCAUAUAGACACCUCAGCCUCCAUAUAGACACCUCAGCCUCCAUAUAGACACCUCAGCCUCCAUAUAGACACCUCAGCCUCCAUAUAGACACCCCAGCCUCCAUAUAGACACCCCAGCCUCUCUUCUGCAGGGCCUCGUCAUAGCACCCAGAGAACCCAUCAUCCUCCCAUUCUAACACGACUCUCCAACUUCACAUACCCAUGAUCUCUGCAUGUUGACACAAAAACAAGGCAUGGCUGCAUUCAAGGACUCGAUUUUUAUUAUUUUCCGUUCACCUGAGGAUAUAUAUUUUUUUACUGUUCUGUUUAAGAUGAUAAUUGUGCUUUUGAAAUACCCACCUUUCAAUCUGAAUGUUUACAUGUACUUCUGAAAGGCAGCAAUGAGAUUACUGGCUGUGAGCAGGUUGGAUGAUACAGUCCUGUUUUUGCUGCUAUAGCUACACUUUGCAACUGUGAAGGAUGUUUUGUGUGUUAUGACUAUUUUAAAUUAAAGUCUUUACAUGUUUAAAAGGCAUUUCAUUUAUAUACUAGAUACUGUUCUAUGCAAGUAGUACUGCCAG